CCCACCCCCAGACCAUCCAUCCAUCACUUGUCUUGUCCGGCAACAACCACCGUGGGCUCCUUUUUUACCUUGUUCGCCAAGUAUCCGUGAAGUACUUGCUCUUAAUACUUUGCCUUUUCCCACAUCGCCGCCUUCGACAGCUGCUCUUCUCCAACCUUAUCGCCUUCCGACUGCUGCCACCUUCAGCAGCAAGGACCGCUUGAUUCGGACCGGGCGCUCUCUCUAUUGUCCUCGAUCCGAGGCCAACACGACCAACACGAUCAUCCAACCAACGACACCCCCGACUUGGUUCCCAUCAUCAAACUCCCCUCCCUGAUACUUCCGUUAUUCCUGCCGCCGCGAUGGCCUCCGCCGCGGCCUCGUCGUCGCGGUCAGGCCCGCCCGGCGUCUCUCGGCCUCCACAGACGACUUCAAGCCCCCGACCGUCCGGUGGCGGCCCCUCACGCGCGCCGCCCUCGUCGCGCAACAGCGUCACCGACCCCAUCCUCCGCAAUACCCUGCGAUACACAAUCUCCGCCAAAGAAUAUGCCACUCUGCACAAGUACGUGUUGUCGCGCUCGCGCCUGCUGAAGCGAGCCUCGCCGAGCGUCACUGCCGUCGAGCGCAUUGUCGAAGGCGACAAACCCACCGCGCCGAGGCAGGUGGCUAAUGCCAAUGCCCCAUCCGGGUCGGGUGCUGGCGCCGGUGCCGGUGCCGGUGCCGGUGUGAGGACCGUCGAUGACUACAAUGCGCGCGCCGUUCGCCACUCGUUGCGUGUCUUUCUCGGAACCGCCAUGGCUAUGAAGGGCUGGGCUCUCAUUUCGACAAAGUUCUUGGGCGGAAAGCCAGACCCCAAGGCCACGAAGCAGCCCCUCCACAAGUCGCCCACCCUGCGACUCUCCCUUUCCCUGUCAACUAUCCUCCUUCUCUACCGCAUCCUCUUCCGCUUCCUCAGCCGCUUGCGCGCGCACCUCCUCGAUCCCUCCGCAGCGCCUUUCCGCCAGAGGAACCCGCGCACCACCGCCACCCUGACGUCCCCUUACGCGCCCGCCAUCGGUGCCUCCAUGGCCGGCAUGUUUCUCGGCGUCUACCCUGCCCAGCAGCUGCGUGUGACCGUCGCCAUCUACACGCUUUUCAGGGCCCUCGAGUUUGGCUGGAAUCUGUGCGAAGAGGAGGGCAUGAUUUGGGGUUUCAAGAACGGUGGCAAGGUCAAGCGAGAGAGGCCUUGGUGGUGGGGCAGCUGGCUCAUCCAGCCGUUCGCCUUUGGACAGCUGUUGCAUGCUGUCGUCUUCGACAGGGACUGCUUCCCGGAGUCGUAUGGGACUUUCAUUUUCAAGCACUCCUCGGCCUAUAUCCACCCGAGACCAAAGGAUUAUCCGUCCCAUCUCAAGUGGCCCAAAUCCAUGGAGAUUGUCGAUAACCUUGCCCAGAUGGCAAAGUUGAACUGGCCGCCCUAUGUAUCACCGACCCUCUUCCCGAACAAGGAGACGCUCCCAUCAACGCUCGCCGCCGUUGCUCCUCUCACCUCAUCCGCCCACCCCAUCAUCACUUCGCUGUCGUGCGCAACUCUCCAUCCUUCGGACCCGUCUUGUCUUCGGACCUACCUCAACUUCUGGCUCGGGUCCUUCCCGGGCCUCACGCGUUUCUUCCUCAUCAUCUACUCGGUCAUGACGUUCGUCCCGCGUUUCCGGUCCUUAUACCAUUCGCCCGUCACGACGUUGCAGCGCGUACUCACCAAGUCGUUGAGCAUGAGCACCUUCCUGACCGGCGCCAUCUCCACCGCCUGGGCGAGCAUCUGCUUCUUCCAACGAUGGUUCCCCCGUACUUUCUUGUCGACCCAGAGGUUCUUCUUUGGCGGUUUCCUGGCCGGUCUCUGGGCGUGGGUCGAGCGGAAGAACGGUCGCGGCGUGUUCCUCUAUUCUGCGCGCGUGAGCGUCGACUCGCUGUGGAAGGUCGGCGUCAAGAGGAGAUGGUGGAAGGCCAUGAAAGGCGGCGAUGUGUGGGUAUUUGUCAUGGCACUCAUGCUCACCGGUGUUGUGUACGAGAGGGACGCGAGGGCUGUCAAGGAGGGCAGCUGGCGGAAGGGCAUCAGCUGGGUCCGGGGCGAGGGUUUCAAGGACUGGAGCAUCGACGAGGAUUUCGCUGAGGAGAACGCGGAAAAGAUCAACUAGAGUGCGGUGACGGAGAGCAUGCAAAAGAAGGAGAUAAAGCCGACGGGAGCUCCGGCGGGAGCAGCUUAGGCGGUGAGAUUUAUUCGCCUGCGCUUGAUGUCGCCGGACGAGAGCGGGCUGUGGAUGAUCAACGAGGGUGCCGAGGACAGCACCAGCCAAGUAAUCAAUGAGACGGUAAAGAAGAUGGCCGACUGCGCGAAAGACGGACAUUCGAUUGUACAAGACUUACGGCCUGUUGUAAAAUCCUGUCGUUAGGUCUGUAUUAUUGAAAUAUGUAGGACAGGUGGUGUUGUUGUUGGCCACUUGUGUUGUACGAACGGGAACAAGCCGAUGCUCAUUCAAUACUUUUCCAAGUCAGCGUUAUGCCCACCUUGGCCAUUUGAUCGCCUAUGCUGUCGUCCUGUAUUACAAAUUGAUCGUUGCCAACCCUUCUUGCUCACAUCGUCCUCGCCCAAGACAUGUGUCC